AUAGUCUAAUUUUCAUAAAGACAAAAAUCAAUAUGGCCGCUCGCCGCUGUUUUGCAAUUAGCGAAUAGCUUUGAAGUUUUGUUCUGUAUAUAAUCGGGCGUGGAGUCGUGUUUGUUUGGUUAUUUGCUUACACUUUGCUACAAUGCGUCGCAGAAGUGAAAAAGGGGCUGGCAAGAAAGCAAAGACCUCACCCGAGAAAAAAGAGAAAGAUAAACCAGAAAAAUUAAGGCGUACUAGAAGCAGGCGGAGAAAACAAUCUUCUUCUUCUGAUAAUGAAUCUGCAGAAGAAACAGUGCCAACGGAAAUUUCUAUUGUUUCUGAACCCUUACCGGAGAUUAUUCAAGCUGUUACGAAAGAGGAAAGUCCAGAACAGACACAAGAGCAAGUUUGGCAUGUGAAGGCGGCAGAUACUACUAGCGAUAGCGGUGAAAUUAAAAAAUUAAAGAUUUGUCUCACACGCCCUCCCUCUACGCCAGAACGUGUUGAUAGAUCCCCUCGCAGUAAAAGGAAGCAUUCGCGAGCCACAAGCUCUAGUGAUACCCCAAGUGUCGAUGACGAUGAAAAAAAGAAACCUAAAUAUCGAACGCGUAAAUCUACCGCAGAAAUGUUAGAAUCUGCAGAUAAAAAUGUUGAAGGACAAGGAGAUGAAAUGGAAACAGAGUCUGAAGUUCAACCAACAAAAUCCAGCUCUGAAAUCAGUCAGAGUACUGAGGCUCAGGAAUCCAAAGAAUGCAUACUUGAUGAAACUCCCAUGUCUACUACAAAUGAUGAAGUUAAAGAAGAAGUUGUUUCUAAAGACAAUAAUGAAGAAGGUAUGAAUGCAGGAAUUGAUGAAAAACAAGUUCAGGAUCAAACAUCUGAUGCUGACACAACUGUUGCAUCACCAAAACCAGAUCAAGAGGAGGCAGUUAUAAGUGAGACAAAAAGUCCAGAAGGAAAAAGAAGCCCUUCAUUGGAACGAUCCGAGGUUCUGGAAUUGCAUGCUGAAGAAAUAAGGUGUGAAUCUUCAGAAUUAAAGGAACCUCAGGAAGAUGACUCAAACAAUCCGGGUAUAAUGCAAAAGGAUGCAGAAACUUCCCAAAAUUCUAGUAAGGUAAGUAUAAAUGAAGCUGAAAAUGAGGUUUCAGAACAAAAAGAGUCUCCUUCUGAGGUUCUUACUUCUGAUAGUAAAAAUGAUGUUGUAGAGAAUAGCUAUGAAGAAAAAUUAGAAUCCAGCAAGAAAGUGGAGAUCAAAAUUGACAAUUCUGAGACAAAUACAGUCUCUUCAAAAGAAGAAAUAAAAAUGGAGGUUGAAGCAGCAAAACCAACAGAAGAUGUAACUAAUGGACAAUCUGCCCCACUUGUUAUUAACAGAAAGAGGCGGUGGGGUUCUCGACCAGUAAAAUUACAAUCUCAAAAGUCUAUAACAAUUUCAACUGAUGUUCUUAAAGAAAUAAUACCAGAUGUCAAGCCUACUGAAUUUGAGGAAGUCAUUGAAGAGAGAAAACAUAAAAGAAUUGAAGUCACAGAAAAAAUUGAAAGACCAGUGUUGCCAAAAAUAAUCAUUGACAAUACAGAUAAUGUUAAUCACAAGAAAGACGUUGAUGAAAAAGACAAGGAAAACGUAAGAAGUUGUGAUACACAAAUAGGUUCAUCAAGAAAAAUUUCAAUUGUAAAAGAAAAUGAUAGUAUUAUUGCAAAGCCACCAAGUCCACCAAGACACCAACAAUCAAAUAUUCUUUAUAUAACCAAUCUGGUCAGACCUUUUACUUUACCACAAUUGAAGAAUUUAUUGCAAAGGACAGGAAGAAUUAUUGAGAAUGGCUUUUGGAUUGAUAAGAUUAAAUCAAAGUGCUUUGUUAUUUAUGAAAAUGAAGAACAAGCUGUUGAAACAAGACAUGCAUUGCACGGAGUGACUUGGCCUGUAUCUAAUCCUAAGUCCUUGCAAGUGGACUUCUCAACACAAGAAGAUUUUGAUAAGGCUAAAGCAAAUGAAGAUAAGAAUAAUGCUCAGGCCUCUACCAUUCCUGGAACUGUUGAAGAUUGGCUUCGGGAGCAAGACAUGAAAAGAGAAAAGGGUGAAACAGACAGACCAUGGGAGAGGAAGGCAGCUAUGCGGGAGUGGGACUUAGGGAAGAACGAAAAGAUUAAAGAGAAAGAAAAACACCCCAGAGAAGAGAGACCAAUAGAUAAACGGAGACAUCGGUCACCUGAAAGAAGCCCUGAACCAGCGCGGAAAUUUAAAAAGAAGGAAGAAGAAGCGCCUGCAAAACUUUUAGAUGACUUGUUCAGAAAAACUAAGACCACUCCUUGCAUAUAUUGGCUUCCACUCUCUGCUGAAACGAUCGCAAUAAAAGAGGAGCAGCGACGGCAGCACAUGGCUGAAUACGAGCGACGAAUGCACGAAUCUCGGCGUCCGCCUCGCAGACAUUAAGCAUGGUCCGUCUGUACAGACAUACACACAUGUAAACACACACACACACACACAUACAUGCAUCUGCAUACCUUGAUACAGUAACCACACAUAUAACCCGACACAUUUUCUUACAAUAUUGCUUUAACAUUUAUUUUCAGGUUAAUAAGUUUUUAUUAAUAGAAGAAUUUAGAUUAGGUUGACACGUGAAGACGCAAGAGAAUGAUGAUUUAAUUUAACGAAAUGUUAUAGAAAGGCUCGCUUGGAGGAAAUCUUAAGGCGCCAAUCGGAGGCUGCGGAAGAUGCAUCAUGUGCUUUUAUUCUGCAGCUCUUGGAUUUAAAGCAGAUUGUUUAAUACGUCGACGAUAUUAAACAAACGUUAUGAAACAAAACAGCUGUUGCAUGUUUUGUACUCAUACAAAGCUAUGGAGCGAGUUGUGACGGCAAUAAUAAAUUUUCUGCGUGGUCACCAAUGCAAGGCUUACUUGAAUCUGGUUAAAACAGCAAAAAUGAAAUAUCAAGAAUUUUUGGAUGAAUCGACGGAAUCGAGAUAGAUGUAGAAGGAAUAAGUCUGGAGUGGAACAAUUAGAACAGUUUUAACUUUUUUGUAGGGAGAAGAUUUAUUUGUAUGAAAUGUGUAACAUUAUACGAGUAAUUGUUCAAUAAAUGUUUCCUGUGAGAA